AUGGUGUAUUAGUUGAUUUUUUUUUUUUUUUAAUUAGUAUUGUUUUGUUUUUCUAAUUAAACAUUGACAGUUGGAGUUGAAUGAUACAUUUUCAAUUUCACCUGGUCCCAUAGACCUACAAGUAUUAUUUCUGAUUUAGAAACUUGGGUAAUGCGACUUCUUUACUUUUACAAGUUUCAGAAUUGUUUUUAAUGAAAGGAUCUUUAUGAAGAGAGAAGUUUACACAGAAGAAGAAGAUGAAAGUGAAGAAAAUUGUGAGUGGGAAUGUACGAAAUCUUUCAUGUUUUCAGCCCCAACUAUCCGUAUAGCCAAAUAAGUUCCAGUUAAGUUCCACUUCCCAUUCUUAUCCUGCAAAAGCCCACACUCUCUAUCCUCCUGCUCGAGAGUUUCUGAGGGGACCUCUACUCUGUAAAUGCCAUUUGUGUCAAAGCAACCCGAAUCAAAAGCCGUAACAAUUAGACGUUGAUGCAAUUUAUGGCAGUUCCCCUUUUCUUAAGUGGCCCGUUUUUUACCCUACCUUGUCUUUCUCUUCCUUUCGUUGUUCUGAUCUAACUUCGGUUGAGAGCAUUGCUUGAUUAGGAACUAAUCAUAUUCGAGUGUGUAUUAGCUUUAGUGUUUCAAUUUCAGGUUCGCCGUUCUAUUGAUCUUUUCCUGCUGUAGAAUAGAAUUGGAAAAGGAUCUUUCUUUUCGUGAGUACUGUUUUUUCCAGAUUAAAGGGAAUGCAAAUUGUGUAGUUAUGUGAAGAAAUCUAUCGCUAUGGUCUGAUUUCAAUAGUUUGGAUGGAUGUAUGCGAAUCGGGGCGGGCAUUUAGAAAGUAUACAGUAGAAGCAGCAGCAACGACGCCAAGACAACCGUUGGUUCCUGCAGCAAAGAACAAUGAAGUUGCCACACGGUCUCCCUCGCGUUCCAAGAACAACCCAUCUUCACCUUCAUCGUUGUCUGGACCUCGGCGUUGCCCAUCACCAAGCAUCACGCGGCCGGUUUCUGCAUCUUCCCAAUCGGUUCUUAAAAGAGCUCAAUCAGCAGAAAGGAAGCGACCCUCCACACCCCCUUCUCCUCCAAGCCCAGCCACACCAAUUCACGGUACACCUGCAGAUGUACAGUUGCUAUCGAAAAGGGUGAUUGGUGGUCGAACUGAGAGUUUAUGGCCCUCUACGAUGAGAAGUUUGAGCGUCUCAUUCCAAUCUGAUACAAUUUCUAUUCCUGUUUGUAAGAAGGAAAAACCCGUGUUAUCUUCUCCUUCUGAUCGAACUCUGAGGCCUUCGUCUAAUUUCUCAUCUAAACAAGCUGAAACGCAAGCUGUUUCACGGAAGCACACGCCAGAAAGAAAGAAGAGUCCUCUUAGAGGUAAAAAUGGGUAUGGUCAAUCAGAGAAUUCCAAGCCAGUUGAUGGGUCACGGGCCCAAUUCGUAGAUCAUCAGAGAUGGCCAAGUAGAGUUGGUGCGAAAGCAUCUUCCAAUUCAUUGAAAUGUACUGUGGAUCUCACCGAUAAAAGAGUCCCAAGCUUACAUAAGUCACUCCGAGGAAGUGGUUUAUCUUCUACAAGGGCAACUACUGGUGAGAUUGUGAACAAACCUUUACAGAAAUCCACCAGUGGUGUUGCGAGGUUAUCAUACGUUGAUGGAAGGAGUAGGGAAGAAUUUGACGCAAAUUCAGCUAACGACAAUUCAAUGCAGGAAUCUGCAGCUAACAAGGUCGUCUCUUCAAGUGUAGCAGGCAUUAAAAUAACAGCUAACCGAGUUGGGAGAUAUGACUCGCCUACUCUUUGCCCACGUCCAUCUUCACCUUCCAAGACACCAGUAUUAUCCUCUGUUGCUAGAGGAGUUAGUCCAUCUCGUUUAAGACCAUCAACUCCACCUCCUCAGGGAAUUAGUUCAUCGCGAAUUAAACCUUCAAAUUCUACUCAAUCCAAUGCUUCAACUUCUGUCCUUAGUUUCAUAGCAGAUUAUAAGAAGGGAAAGAAAACGGCGAGCUACAUAGAAGGUGCUCAUAAGCUACGGCUUCUAUAUAAUAGACAUCUGCAGUGGAGAUGUGCUAAUGCACGGGCCGAGGUUGUCCUUCAUAAUCAGGAGGUGAUAGCAGAGAAAACUCUUCUUGGCGUAUGGACUACAACAUUAAAUCUUUGGGAUUCAGUGAUCAGAAAAAGGAUCAAUCUCCAACAGCUGAAGCAAGAGCUCAAAUUGAUCUCUAUUAUGAAUGAUCAAAUGAGGUGCCUCAACGAAUGGGCUGUGCUUGAAAGAAUUCAUAAUCAAUCCUUAUCAGGUGUCAUAGAUGAUUUGGAGUCGAGCACUCUUCGUGUUCCAGUAACUGGAGGGGCUAAAGCAGAUGCUGGUUCUUUAAAUGGUGCAAUUUGUUCGGCCGUUGAGGUGAUGCAGGCAAUGGGAUCCUCCAUUUGCUCUUUACUCCCAAGGGUGAAGGUAAUGCAGACGUUAGUUUUUGAACUUACUAUUGUCGCAGCCCAAGAAAAAGCUAUGCUUGAUGAAUGUAUAGCAUUGUUAGCAUCAAGAGCGGCUUUGCAGGUUGAGGAGCAGAGUUUGUGGACACAUCUCAUACAAAUGAAACAAGGAUUGGAAAAUGUCUCCCAGUUUUAGACGGUUAGGCUAAGUAAGCUAACAACAAAACCCAUCUAUUUCUAUUUGUUUACCCUCAUUGAAGAAGAAAAUGACGAGUUAUUCUUCCAUAUCCAGUCUUCUCCCGCAUGUAAAUUCACCCUUUAAAUUCUUAGCGGGAUUCUGUAGAUGUAAAUCUUUUUCUCUAAUUUUAAUCUAUUUAUCUUUUGAAAAUUUUCUUCAACCUUUACACAAUUUUUCCAUUACAAGAACCUCUCUGGCUUAUUCUUUCCACCUGCAAGAAAUUGUAAAGUAAUGGAGAUGGCAAUGAUAUUGAAGGGUCAUCAUGCAACUUCCACUCUAGAGAAGUCCUGCAUAGUUCAGUUCAAGUUCACUUCUGUUUCCAUUUACAUGGUUGGUACUUUGGUAGAUCCAUUGUGUAUUAGUGAUAACAACUAUCUUAAAUAGUAGUAGACUUUUUGGGUGAAACCAAAAUGGAAGCUACGAAGGCUUAUGACUAAAGUAAACAAUAUUAUACAAUAAUGAGAAUAUUUGAUUGGUUGUUA